UUCUGUUUCAAAAAAAAUUGGGAAUCACAAUUCAGAAAUUUCCCAAAUAUUUUUUGCAAUAAAAUUUCCGCCUACAAACGCUGGCCCCACAACAAUCCCAAGGAGGGCUCUCUCUCUUUCAAACAAAGCAAAAGCAUGGCUUGAGGAAUAACCAAAGACCAGAGUUUUAAGCCUUUGAGACAAGACAUCGCCUGCACUAUUCACCAACCAAACCAAAAGUAGCAAUGCUGGAACCAUCUGCUCAGAACCCCAAUUACCUAAUCCCGCCACUCUCGCCGCUACCACCCUCGCCGCCUCCACCGCCGCCGCUAGAGCCGUCGCCACCAUCUUCAACACCCACCAAGCACAGUCAUUUAUUCUCUUUACUCUCAAAAAGACCUUCCCUCAGGGUGACUUCAGAGUUUGACAGUGACAGCCGCAUAUUCUUCCACAAGGUAUCGUGUAAGCUGUUUGACAACCUUGCCAAGCUUAAACUCUCGUUCGUCAACAACAGCAAACGCGAGAUCUCGGACCCCCAAUUGGCGUUAACUUCAAAGUACUUAUCUAUCCACUACGAUCCUGAAGAACAAAAUGCCCUCAUCAAGAGCUCCUUCGAUGUCGGUCCUAUGUUGCAUUUCAAUGCUGCCCAUGAUGUCAAGGCACAACAAGGUGAGGUGGCAAUGGUUGCAAAUCUUGCUGAUCCCAGCUAUGCUGUUGAAGUAUCAUCUCCUGUUCCAUAUGUUGGUUUGCCCAAAGCAACAAUUAGAUUCCCUAUGGGUGAAGUCACAUUAGAGGAGAGAGAAGAGGAGGAAGUGCCGAAAACGUUGUCAAUAAAUGGAAUUCUUAAAGGUCCAAUUUUGAAUGGGGUCUGUGCUGCUCAUUACAAGGAUGAGGAGCUGAAACUAAGAUACUCAUAUAAGGAUGGGGCAAUGUCAUUUAUUCCUAGCAUUUCACUGCCAUCAAAUGCUUUAUCAUAUGCAUUCAAGCGACGUUUCAGUCCAUCUGAUAAAUUGAGCUACUGGUACAAUCUUGAUUCAGACUAUUGGAGUGCUGUGUACAAGCACACAUAUGACAAAGACUUCAAAUUCAAAGCUGGCUAUGAUUCAGAGGUUCGUCUCGGCUGGGCUUCUCUAUGGGUUGGAGAUGAAAACGGCAAGGCAAAGACAGCCCCAAUGAAGAUGAAAGUCCAGUUUAUGCUCCAGGUACCCCAGGAUGACAUUAAGUCAUCAGUGUUAAUGUUCCGUGUUAAAAAGAGGUGGGAUAUAUUGUAGGCCAUCUGUGGGACAGCCUUUCCCCCUUUCUCAUACAUUCUCUCUUUAUAAUGGCAUAGUUUUAGGACACCUUGUAAUGAUGCUUAUUGCUAUAUAAUGACAUCAGUUGGUUGAUAAAGUUACUCUUAAAAUGGUUUCCUUC